GACCCUUGAGGAGGGUUAGAGCACGGGAAGAGCAAGCGUUGGCGAGAGAAUCUGGAACAGAGCCUUUCGAGUUUCAGCCUGUUCAGGUCGCUGCUGCUCCUGCUGAACUGCACGUUGCGGGCAGGCGAUCUGGGCGACGUGGCCUAAAGGUUGUGUUGCGAAACAUCGGUUCACAACUGUACGACGACCCGACAGUCUGUUCUCGCCGGAUGCAUCGUCGUCAACCACAGCGCCAACAGCAGCGGCACAUAAUGCGAAGGCUGCACGUCAAUAAGCUAAUAAUUGUGUCGUUUCGAUCAUAGUGAUGUGCAUACUUGGCAGCCAGGUCCGGCAGGCGGUGCCUGCUAUCAAUCUUCGAUCGAUCGAUCGAGCCUGACAAGGCCGAUGGUCGAAUCUCAAGCAAAUGGCCGACUGAAGUGCUCUGAGGUAUUCGCCUCGAGGACUUUCGGAACUCUGGUUCUCGGAGCCCGCUUCUUCCCUCUUAGCCCUAAUUAGUUCAUCAUGUCUCCGGCUGGAGGCUUCCGCAUCUGGACUCUUUUUUCUGGAAGGAUGCCUGGUGUCGUCCAGAUGGUGGACGUGGGCACAUGCGUCUGUCUUUGGGGUCUGUCGGCCAAAACCUUCGCAAUCCCUCCAAGAUUAACAGGAUGAAUGACUGGGUCAAGGUGUGCUUGGAAGGAGCAACCAAUUCUAAUCGAAUCCAAACACAGAUCCGACAAUGCACUUGUUUUCCUCUCAAGGAGGGAAGUGGGCUUCGACGUAUGGUGGAAUUCGAAUCAGAAAUAUGGGGACCCCGGUGAAGCGCGAAAUAAUAUUGUGAGAAAGGAAAGAAAACCUUCACCUCGCUGAAGUCAAUAUUGCGUCGUAAUCUCAGAUAAAGUUCUCCAAUUCUCUCGCAAUCAAUCCACCAGCCAGCCGCAGUUGCUUAUAAUAGAGCGGAAUUGGUAUCGACAUUGCAAAUGGAGGUCUCGAGCAGGAGAGCGAGACUGAUCAGAUAUGAUUAUGCUGCACGGCUCCAUUCGGACCGGACCACCGGGUCGAGUUCACUUGACCGAGGUUGAGAAACUCUUUAUAAUGCUACAUGUCCCUCAUUUGCAACUAUAGUUCGGACGACAAGUGAAGUGAAGCCAGAUGCUUGACCAUGCGCGUGCCCUGGUGUCGAUGAUUCCCAAGUUUCGAUUGCCCACAGAAAGACUGUCACAAGAAACGAACGCUGCAUUAUUUAAGACGGACAGUGGAAAUCCUCGAAUGCAAUGUACGGUGCGGUGGGCUAAUAAAGGUUAGGCCUGGUGUCCCCCCUACCAGUUCAGAAGCACCGAACGCUCUUCAACCUGCUUGACAGCCUGCGAAAUGUUGGUGAUGCGUUAAUGCCUCACUGCUUCAACUACGUUUGAUUGUGCAAGUGCGGGAGGUGAGCGGUUGUACAAAAAUGUAGUGUCUUUGCAUUUCAGCCAGAGCACGGGACGAGUGCAGGAGCUGCUUGACUGGUAGGCUGGCUGGCUGGAGGACAUUCUCCUAGAAGAGGAAGAUUGUGGUGGAAGUACCCGUGCACAGAGUGGAGUCUCCUCCCCGACUUCAGGAGAGCAUCGAUCUGAGAGAAGGCUGUAUGAAGCCCAUCGCAGCCUUCGUGAGGACGGCAGACUGAUGAGUGGCUUUGUGAUAUGAGUGCUAGCUUCUGCUAAAUCAGUAAACUUUGGGCAUAUUAAGACUCUGCACUGCAAGAAAGUUGCGAUGGCUGUAGCAACGAUCGUGCCAUUCAACCUUAAGUUGCAUUCUGCUCAGCUCAAUGGCACUGGACCUUUCAGAAGCAGCUCCAAUUCCUUGAGAAAUCUUUUCAGCAGCAGUAGCGACCGAUUUUUCGGUCGCACGGACCAAAUAUGGAAACUGAUCAAGACUUGCAGUGCGACUGCGUAUGUCAGCUCGACCUCCAAGUCUUGCAAUUGCAGAUGGACGACGAGCAAGAGCUCGAAUGGAAGUCCAGUUGUGGCCGUGGCUGGAAAGCACAACAGGAGGGUGAACAAAGCAGCGACAACGUCCCUGCUGUAUGACAUUGCAAAGGAGAUAGCUGCACAGGCAUCUCUGUCGACGGAUUCAGAAGUCAGAUCCAAAGUGGACCCCAAGUCUGUUGCAUGCAUGAUACUGGGAGGCGAAGCAGGAUCUAGGCUAUUCCCUCUCACAAAAAGAAGGGCGAAGUCUGCUGUACCCAUGGGGGGAGCCUACAGGCUAAUCGACAUUCAGAUGAGCAAUUGUAUCAAUAGUGGCAUUAACAAAGUGUACGUUCUGACGCAGUUCAAUUCUGCCUCUCUGAAUCGGCAUAUAUCUCGUACAUACAACAGCGUCACGUGCCGAGAUGGAUUCGUGGAAGUUUUGGCAGCCACUCAGACGCUCGGAGACAAGCGUUGGUUUAUGGGGACGGCUGAUGCUGUUCGUCGAUUCUCGUGGAUUUUUGAUAAUGUCAGAAGCGAGGCCGUAGAACACGUCCUCGUUCUCUCUGGUGAUCAUUUGUACCGCAUGAAUUACAUGGACUUGGUGCAAAGUCACCAUAAUAGUGGUGCUGAUAUUACAGUGUCUUGCGUGCCUCUGUCCAUGGAUGACAGUAGCUGCCAAGUUUCUGCCGGUGGCUUGCUGAGACUCGACCAUAAAGGCCGGGUCUUGUCCAUCCAUGACAAAGCUAUGGCUGACAAUGGUUAUGGGCUCAGUAUGCUUUUGGAAUCUGCAGCAGCAGCGGGUUCUGGUUUACCAGAAGGGGCUGCGAAGAACAGUCCGUUUGUGGCAUCCAUGGGGCUCUAUGUUUUCAAAAAGGAUGUUCUGAUCAAGCUUUUGAAGUGGAUCUAUCCUAAUUCUAACGACUUCGCAUCCGAGAUUAUUCCCGCUGCUGCCAAGGAUUUCUACGUUCAAGCCUAUCUGUUUAGGAAUUACUGGCAAGAUGUGGGAAGCAUUGAAUCCUACUUCGAGGCGAAUCUUGCGCUCACCGAAGAGUCGCCAAAGUUUGAAUUUUAUGACGUGUCGAAUCCAAUUUACACGUCUCCUCGUUAUUUGCCUCCGACUACGGUGGAUCAUUGCAGAAUCGUAGAUUCCAUUGUGUCUCAUGGAUGCUUUCUUCGUAGCUGCAGUGUGCAGCAUUCCAUCAUUGGAAUUCGUUCCCGGAUCGAGACUGGAGUGGAGCUGAAAGACGUGGUGAUGAUAGGGGCUGAUGACUACGAGACAGAAGAAGAGAGGAGUCGCCUGCUUGCUAUUGGAAAAGUACCCAUGGGUGUUGGAGAAUACUCCAAGAUCAAGAGGUGUAUCAUUGAUAAAAAUGCCAGGAUUGGCAAGAAUGUCAUUCUCACUAACACAGACGGCGUUCGUGAGGCGGAAAAGCCUUCUGAUGGCAUCUAUAUCCGAUCUGGUAUUAUUAUUGUCUCGGAAAAUGCCCUCAUCAAGGAUGGUAUGGUUAUCUAGAUAACAAGGUGCCGCCAUUUCGUAGGAGAGGUUGUUGAAGACUUAGGGGUUCUGCUUUGCGUAGGCGCUGGACUUGCUUCACAAAGCUAAUAUAGUUUUUUAAGGCUUCAAAGCUCCUACUAAGCACCUGGCACCUGACGUCCAAGGUUGAGAAUCUCAGCUUUCUGUGAUUAUUAUGAUUUCCUUGGUUCUUUUUUCUUCCUCUAGUCUUCACAAAGCUGUCUUAGUUUUUGAAGGCUCAAGAGCUACUGCUAAGCACCCGAAGUCCAAAUGUUGAGGCCUUUUCGCCUCAAAUCUGAAUGGUCUGACAAGCUAGAUCUACUCCAUGAUCACUUCAGAGCUAAGUAAUCUAUUUGAUCUACAGACUAUCUUGUAGCUUGACACACUAUAUUCAUGAAUAUCUCGAUUGCUCUCCACUCUUCAAUUUUGGUCUAUUUUGAUUUAAAAGCUCUCAAGGAGCUGAAUCUCCAGUAGAGUUCCCGUACCUGAUUGAGAUUGUGUACGCACUGCGCAAAACAUUUGAGAAGUGUCGGCGUGGUUAUCAAUUACAUAAUCGUCAGAACGGUCAGGCCCUGAAUUAAUUGAGUUGUGCCUGUGCUCCAUGUAACCGCGUUCCGUUUACG